UAGUGACGUUUGUCUCAAACACGGAAGCAGUGGUAAACGGAGGAAUGAUGUGUCUAAGGGAGCCAUGUGAAGCAAAAUUUGCUUGACUACAGCUCAGAGUCACAUUUAUUUUGAAACGUUAGACAUUAACGGAAAAGCAGGUUAGGACAGUUUAUACCCGAAGAAGGCUAUUAAAUAUAUUUGACGCGAAUAUCUUCCGAUUAGGCGGCCACAUCCUCCGUCGUGAAUGUCAUGCUAGUCUUUUCACAUGAAUAAACAAAUAACUGAUGACGAUUAGAAUACGAUGGAUUUCGCUAACCUGUUCACGAAACUAUCUGCGGUGGAAGAGGAUGUCAAGAGCCCUGGUCGACCGGGACUGACACGCAGGAAUGAGACUGAGGGUGAUAAAAGAAGUAAUGGCAGAAAGAGGAAAGCCGAGCAGACUAGUCCUUAUGCAAAGAGACAACGCUACCAAGCCCAGACAGUCAGAACUUCUAAUGCUACAGUGGAUGACUCCAAGGUCGUACACAACCAUGUGCAUGGCGCUGAUAGUGGUCACGCAGGUGUCAGUUUUCCCGGAGAAGUGAUACAUAACCACGACAAUAAAGCUGACCACGGCAGCAUGCGUCAAAAAGGUCAGAGUUUCAAAACUAUAAACAAUCAUAAUGCGAACAGUCAACGAGAGCAGAAAAACAAGAAGAAGAAGGGGCGGCGGCGGAAAAAUCAGCACCAACAGAAUAGAGGGAGACCUCCUGAUAGGGGUGGGAGCCAUCACACUAGGAAAGGUGGAGGAAACAGGAGAAAUACCAAUGAUAAACAGGCAAAACGUACGAGGUUCAUGACACAGGAGUUUAAGGACCAGAAUGUUUUGAUGGUGGACGGGCGGUUACUUUGCCGACAUUUCCUUUGGGGAAGGUGCAUCAAGGGUGAUGACUGCCAGCUGGAGCACAUUCAGGGUUACAACAAUCUUGUCAAAGAAUUGUGCAAAUUCUAUGUGCAGGGACUAUGCACAAAAGGGGCCAGCUGUCCAUACAUGCACGAGUCCUUCCCCUGCAAGUUCUUUCACCGAAAAGGAAAAUGUUCACAAGGAGCAGAUUGCAGGUUUUCCCAUGAGCCACUCAAUGAUGUCACUAGCCAACUGUUGGAUGAGGCAAUAAAACGGGACAAUGAACUCUGUGAACAAGCAAAAAAAGCUGAAAAGGAGUCAUCAGGACCGCCAGUGAGCGCAGAAGAGUCAGAAACAAACAGAAAACCUGAUAUAUUCCUGCAGCCGCUCAGGCCUUACUUUUACCAAAGUGCAGACACACAUGCUGAGAAGGAGGCUUUGUUUUGUGCAACCGAAGAAGUGGCGGAUAUCCUGGAGGAAGCUGACCCACCAUAUGUGUCAGAUGCUGCCCAACCUCACAGCCCCCCAUCAGCUAACCUGAAUCCAGAGGAGCCCGUUUGUUAUUCAGUUGAAGCAGUUCUUGGACCUCAAAUCUCCAAACCUUUCGCUAGUUUCUUAACAACUCCGAGAAGUAAAGAAUUUGCCCCUCUGUCUUCUUCUGAUUGCACUUCAGGCUCUGCAAAUCAAAGCCAAGUUCCCUACUCUGUCGAUGCUGUUCUCAGGUCUUGCGAGUCAGAGGAAAAUUCUACUUUUGACCACACACCUACCCCUCGUACUGCACAAAGUGUAUCCUAUACUCCAAAGACUUACGCCGAAGAGGUCACACAUCCCCUGCUCACAUACUCAGAAACUCAAAGUAAGAAGGUCUUGUAUUUGGUAAAUACCAGAAAUAGCGCAAACAGUUCCCAGGAAAAAAGCCUGCCAUCCCUCCAAGUGAGCGCCGACCUGAUUUCAAAGACCUGCCCUAAUCUUCCUCUGGUCUCCAGGGAUCACAAGAAACAGGAUAGGAAUGUGUCAGAAUCUCUUAAACCUGCACAAGAAACUUCUCAUGAUAUCAAGUUGUUGUCUAUGGAUAGUAAAUGCCUUGUGAACUGCAAAAAUGAAGCUAGUCUUCCAUUUGGACCCACAAAGCUCAAAAGCAUUUUUUUAAAGCCCCCAAGUCAGACGUCUGUUUCCAAACGUCCUACACAGUUGGAACCAUCCCUCUCUGUUCCGACAUCUGACUCACAACCCUCUUUUAAGCCUUUUUGUCCCACUUCCAGUGUCACAGAGUUUAAAGUUGGAGCUGCAGUGUCUGCUGAACCUGUCAGCUGUCCCAUUAAGUCAAGUGAUUCUGCAAACAGAAGUCAUUCUGCAGCAAAACAACCCAUCAAGAUGCACCUGGACUCCAAAGAGACACAACCUGGCCUCAUACCUGGCACAAAACACAAUUAUUCAACCAAGAAGACAACAGAGUGCAGCAGUAAAAUGACAUGUAGUGGUGAUUUGGCAGUUGGAUGUAAAAAGAGGACCAUGACAAGACCCUUUCAUAGCCUUUUUGCAGGCCCCAUCAGUGACACUCUGCAGCCUAUGGAUGAUUCUGUAGGUUCCUAUUGUUCUCGAGAUUCAUUUCAGUCCCCCCGUUGGGCUCGACAGUCUACAGAGAACAGAAGUAAUUGUCUUAAAACUACACGUGAACCUGACAAAGCCCCUUCCAGGUCUUUCCUGAGCCUUUUUGCUGCCCCUCUCAGUGCCGCCCCUCCCACCACCUCUUGUGUUCAACAGUCACUCCAGUCAGUUGAUAACACUUCUCACUCAUCAGACUUCAGGCACAGAGGCUCUAGUACAGAGACGUUGCUCUCACAACAUGUCUCAGCUGAAGAAAUCUCUCACCCAUCAAGAUCCCCUGAAAUCCCUCCUAAUCCUAAAAUAUUACAAGACAGCUCAACUGAGCAUAUAAAUCACCCCACAGAGCAGGAGAUGCAUCCUACUAGUCCAGCUCCUUGUGCUGACAGUCAGACUUUAAGUCACACUCAUGGGCAGCUGCCUGACAUCUCAGCCCACAAAGCAUCUGCAGUGCAAGUCACUACAAAUUCAGUUCUGAAGACUCUCUUCCUGUCCCUGAGCCCGUACGAACAGGAUGAAAAGCAACAAGACAGUAUUCGGAUCUCUUCAGAAACUGAAAACAAGGACGAAAACAGCACAGGGUGUGUCUUUGUGAAGCAACAGAGGAAGAGCAGAAAAAAGGGAAGAUGAAAGAAGAAGCUCAGGACUCAAGAUUCCCACAAAUGGUCCACUGAGAAAAAUGACUAUAAGCUCCAGACAGCAGCAACCUUCUCCUCAAACUUCUCAGAUCUCCUUGGAGGCAACUGGUGGGUCGACCCCCAGCAGUCCAGGAAUGACUGAACAUCUUCCAGCUUUCCAUUCAAACCAGUGGUGCCGCUGAUGCAGCAUCACACCCAAUGAAGACUGAAGCACACGUGAGUGGAAGGAAAGGGACUGAAUGGGAACGUGGCAGUCAAUAACUCAAGGACCCUUUUAAGACUUUAUACACUGCUGUUUUCUACUUCAGGCUGUGAUGUUGAAAUUCCUUUUAUAUGGAAACACAUUAUUUUUGCCUUGUGGUCAGUCAGUGUUAUGCAUGUGACAUGACACAUCUAUUCAAAUCCAAAUCUUGAACUUUUAUUUAAAACCGAAUGGCCUCUUUGAAUUUGUCGGGUUUUUUUUUUCAUUUUUGUGCAUUGACAGCAUUUUCUGAAAGUAACUGAAUAUUAAAAUAUUUUAGA